AAAAACAAAUCCCCCCUCAAAUGAAUGGCAACCAUCAACUCACACAAGUAAAAGAACAUACUACACUACAUUUCCCACAAUGCAGCACGGACGGGUGCUCGGCUGACAGGACACAUAACACAGGGUGUGAAUGACAAGCUAUCAUUCCGGGGCGGGCAAUAAUCCUGCUGAAAAGUAUCGUCGUGAACGCGACUGUUGUGGAGGCCUCAACAACGUGGACUACUCGAAGAUGGACUUGAAAGUGUUUGAAGAAGUCUUCAAGCAAAUCAACUUUCAUGACUCCAAUUUCCACAUUGCUGUGAUUGCAAUCAUUUUCAACCCCCUUUUUUGGAACGUGCCAUUUCAGGACCCGGAACUGGCGAGAACGACGCGAGAAGCGCUUGUUCCCCCCAGACCCAGGCCACCCCAACCCUGUUUCUUCGCGAGGUUGAUACAUUUUUCAGCUAAAUGGGAAUAUAUGAACAUCCCAGCAGUCGGCAUCCCAAUGACACCAGACAUUGUACACAUGACUGUGGUGAUGAAGACCCAAGCCAGGUGGGAGUUGAUGGACAGGCCCGAAGUGUUCUACUUUGGUGUACUUUUCAUCGUAUUGGGUUCUCUGCUGGUGGUCAGCAGCUUUCUAGCUCUUGGAUUCACUGGAACAUUCCUUGGUGACUACUUUGGUAUUCUGAUGGAUGAGAAGGUGACCGGCUUUCCUUUCAGCUUCAUUGAUAAUCCCAUGUACUGGGGCAGCACCUCCAACUACCUUGGCUUGGCACUUGUAGGUGCAAGUCCUGUGGGUCUUCUCCUGACUGCGAUUGUAGCGCUGGUCUACAAGAUUGCAAUCGGAUUUGAGGGACCUUUCACUGAACACAUCUAUCAGGAGAGGAGGCGCAAACAUGAAUAACUGCAUCCCAUCAGCUUGCAAGAGGAUUCACUGCUGAGCACGAGGAACUCUGAGUGGGAGUUUUUCUUUCCACCUUUCAAAUGACAUUUCCUCUAGUCAACUUUUAGAAUAAAACACCACCCUGUGAA